AUGGAUCCAGUAGGACCAUGGUCAGCAUAUGCUUCGUACAAUCGGCUAGCAGGGGUACAAGCUGGUGCUGCAAGUGGAGAUUUUCAUCACCAUCUAACAAGUGGCGGUACUGGGCUAGGCAGUCAGUCUGUGCCUUCAACAACAAGCCAAUUACUCCUUCAAGCAGCUCACACUACAGCAUCAUUAGCAGGCCAAUUAGGAUCUUCAACAGCUUCUCCCUUUAACCCUGGUGGAUUUCUAUCUCCACCUGCAGUGGGAUAUGAUGCAGUAUUUUCACCUUUAUUUCAUCAUGCAAACCCAAAACCCGCACAUUAUAGUUCAUCACUUCAAGCACAACAUCGUCAAGUGAUAGCACAAGCUCAAGCGGCUGUUGCAUCUAAACAAUCUUCAGUGGAAACAGAAAUAUCUUCUCUAAGAGAAAACUACUCACAUCAAACGCUAGCUGCACAAGGAUCAUCAUUUUUUGAUCAACCUUCAACCCCUGGUAGUACGAGUGGUUUAAGUUGGCAAGGAAAUAGUCAACUUCCCAGUCCAUUUGGAAUUCUACCUCAUGAAAGUGUUGUGCCGUCAUCUCCAAGUCCUGCCACAACAAAAGCAUCAGCAACAUAUGAAAAUUUUAAUGCUCACUUUGCUGCUGCGCAAACUAUUAACAAUCAUCUCAAUUCUCAAAUUUCAAGUACUAGUAAGCAAACAAAUAGGUCAGGAUCACCUGCAACUGCAACGAAACAACCUGCCUCUUCAACAUCUUCAUCAACUUUUUUUCAAUCUCCUUCAAAUUUUGGAAAUCAGACUGAUAAUUCAUACAGUACAAGUGGUUCAAAAAGUGGUCAACUCUCAACACAGCAGGAUUAUGCUGGAAGUAAGUCAUAUUCAAGUUCUGCAAGUAACACUGCUCACUCUCAGCAAUCGUGUAUUGUGUCAACUCCAUCAGUGACUUCCUCUUCCACUCCCCCUAGCAAAGAUUACCGUUCAUCCUCAACCUCUUCCACACGACCUUCUGCUUCAAUAUAUAAUUCUCAAUCACCUAAAAGUACUAGUAGUGAAAAAACAUCUCUCACUUCCACUGUUAACAGUAGUGGGUUUGUUUCACCCACAUCUAAGCCUCCUUUAAUACAAACAAAAGCACAAAGUAAGAUUUAUCCAGAUUUAGCCAGUGAACAAAGAAAAAGCUGUGAAUCGAGUGAUAAACUUCAACCUCAAUCUUCUCCUAUAAGUUACUCUAUUAUGGAUGCCCCAGGUAGACUAAGCUAUAAUGGCAGUAGUAGCAAUUCUAAAUCUAGUAGACUCGGUAAUUCCCAAUAUUCAUCAUCUCAGCCUUCAAGUUUUAGGCAUUAUCAAAGUGGUAAUAAUGUGGAAUCUGAAUAUCAUGUCCGAGCAAAGAGUAGUUCUAGUACAGAUACAGGCUAUUCUAGCAGUAGUUCUCAAAAUGGCCCAGAUUGCAGUGUUGUUGUAUCUAGAAGGCAAAGUCCUCUACAAACAGCGCCCCAAACUUCUCCAUUAGGACAUGGUUCUAGUCCGGCAUAUCCAAUGUAUCAUAGUCCCAUGAAUUCUAUAAACUCUCCACAGCAACAUGGAGAUCAUUAUAGUAAAGUAAAUAAUGCCGCUCCAAGGUCACCAUUAGAUGCAUCUAUUUCACGACCGCCAUCACAGAAUAGUCAAGUGGCCUAUCCCUCAGUUAUAACCAGAGCAUUAGGUAUUGAACAAAGUAAAUCUUAUAGUGAGAAUAGAUAUGAACGUAAUCAAAAUUCAAAUCAAAGUUGUUGGGAAAAUGAAAGACAAAAUAGCAGAAAAUAUAGCAGUAAUGGUAAUAGUAAUAGUAACAAUUCUAGUAAUAAUUAUAAUAAUGGUUUAACAGAAAGCAAUACUCACAGUGAAAAGUCUACGUCACAAUCUCAAAAUUCUACUGAUAGGACUUUAAGUUUGUCUGACAAACAUCAACAUAAUUAUAUUGAUGGCAAUAAUGUAGCUUUACAAGAUCUUUCUAGUUGUCGUGGUGACCCCAUGAGUAUUGUGAAAAAUUUGCAAACAUUACAGCAGAGCUGUCAAUUACAGGAAGUUAAAACUUCUAAAAGCCAAUCUACAGUAUCAGCUGUACCUGCUACAACUAAGUCUAUAUCGAGGCGAAAAAGUACAGAGAAAGCUCCCCACACUAAUAUGAAUGAAAUUUCCAACGCCGUUAUGGCCGACUAUUUGGCAAAUAGAAUCCCUCCCCCAGCUCAUAGCUCAACAAGUAAUCAACAACAGAAUGGUUAUUUUGAUUUCGAAAGGUGGAAUCUACCACCACCACCCCCAAAAAUGUUUCCAGGCACAUCUGCCUUCGGUUCUCAAGCAUCCUUACACGCUACAAAUUUCGCUAACCAACAUCAAGCCUUAGCGAUGCAACAUGGACAUGCACUAACUUAUUUCCCCCCGUUCCAUCUAGGUCCUCAUCCCGAUUUCCAAUCUUCUGUGGAGUUAACACCGUUGUCUUCGUUUAGCGAGACACCACCUUCGGCUUCCUCGUCAUCAUUUUCCACCCCAGAAACUCGUGAAGAGGAACAGCCUAAGGUGGUAGUACCUAAUAUAGAAGAAGAACUUGGUUUCCUUGCAGAACAACGAGCUAAUACUGCAUCGACGGUAGCACCCUCUUCUCAGCAGCAGAACAUAAACAGCACUUCACAAGACGCUACUUCAAAAAUAAUGGACAAAAAGUUCAACGUUCCGGUCACGGGCCCAGGUUCGGGCUUCAUGGCUUCUUAUUUAAAAUUUUUACAAGGGGAGCGCGAUACAUCUCCUCCGCCGGCCGGCAGGGGCGCCAGAAAGUCCACGUGGUCGAGGACCAACACGAACAAUGCCGUGAACAAUAAGGCGUACACUCCUAACGAGCACACUAAGAGUUGUGAGGCGAACUCGAGCCAGCAGAGCGCAAACGGCGCGAUGUCGGCCGCCAACGCGCUGAGUGCGGGCAUGUCGCUGAGCUCGGGCCUGCUGGAGGACGCGCGCUACUACGGGCUGGGCAAGGAGCGCAAGCGCAAGUACGACGGGUCGGAGGAGUCGUACGGCGCGGAGGCGGAGGAGGAGCGGCGGCUGAGCAAGCCCGUGCUGAACGUGCCCAGCACGCCGCUGGGCGCGGACAAGGGCAAGAAGCGCGCGCCGAGCAAGCCCCCGGCCGCGCCGCCCGCGCCCGCGCUGCCCGCGCCCGCGCCCGGCCGCCGCCGCGCCCAAGAAGCCGCGCGCGCCGCCGCCCGCGCCCGCGCCGCCGCCCCCGCAGCAGCAGUACUAUUACCAGCACCAGCCCGAAGAAGUUGCGGCGUUAUCGAAUGCUUUGGCGUAUGGACCCCCCUAUGGUACAGCCGAGGACGCCAACUCGAACAGGAAACUACAUCACAU